AUGGAUUCAGAACCUACUAAAGCAUUAAAUUUGGAAAUCGACCAGCAAAAUAGCUUUGUUAGAUACUAUAACAGCCUUCCUGAGAAACCGGCCUCGACGAUCCGUUUCUUCAGCCGCUCGGAUUACUACACAGUCCACGGCGACGACGCCUCUUUAGUAAACGAAAUGCUCUCCCUGCCCAUCAAAUUCAUGGGCAACCAGCCGCAACUCAGCUACAUAUGCUUGAACAAAUCCCGAUUCGAAUCCAUCCUGCGAGACCUGCUCCUCCUGCGCCAGUACCGCGUGGAAAUCUUCGUCAAAGGUCCCUCCAAAACCGCCAACGAUUGGACCUUGGACUACAAAGCCUCACCGGGAAAUCUCACCCAACUAGAAGAUCUACUCUUCGAGAACGCCGAGGUCGAUUUCACCAACUCCGUCAUGGCGGUUAAAGUGCUACAGAACAAGCUGCUAGCCGUCGGUUGCGUUAACAUCACCGAAGCGAAAUUCGAAGUGUGCGAAAUCACCGACAACGAUUCCUUCUCGGAGCUCGAGAGCAUCGUCGCCCAAAUCGGGCCGAAGGAGUGCCUCGUGCCCGCCGGCGAAUCGCCCGAAUCCGUCUCUGUGAGGAAUCUCCUCGAGCGCAACGGCGUCCUGGUCGCCAAGGCGAAGCCCUCGGACUUCUCCGGCGAGGACGUCGAGCAGGACCUGAACCGGCUGCUCUACUUCCACGAGGACCAGCGCCGGAACGCCUCGGCCCACGGCGAGAUCGACCUGAAGAACGCCAUGGGGUGUCUACAAGCGCUGAUAAAGUUCCUGAAUUUGGCCGGCGCCGAGAAGAACUUCAAUCAGUUCAAACUCACCACGCUCGAUUGCCAUAGGUUUGUGAGAUUGGACAACGCUGCUCUUUACGCUUUGAACGUUCUGCCGAAAACGGCUACGAGGUGUUCGAACGCCGACAACCAACAAUCUCUGAAGACCUCCAGCUUGAAGGGGCUGCUGGACAAUUGCGCGACCGCGCAAGGCAGCCGGCUGCUCGAGCAAUGGAUCAAGCAGCCUUUGAAGGACUACAAUUCGAUCAACGAGCGGCUGGACAUCGUCGAGGCGAUAUUGAAGGACCCCGCGACGCGUUCGCAGUUGAAAGACGGGUUGCCCAGGAUCGUCGAUAUGAUGCCGGUGGCGCGGAAAUUGUCGAGCAAAAAGGCCAAUCUGCAGGAUUGCUACAAGGUCUACCAGACUGUGAGGAGCGUCGGCAAUAUAAUAGGUGUUUUGAAGAAUUUAAACAACAAAUGCGUGAAGGUGCUUCUAAUCGAACCGUUGGAGGAGCUCGUAGGAGAAUUGCGGAAUUACCAAAGCAUGAUCGAGCACACGUUGGACUUCGAUUUGGUCGAUCGGGGAGAGUUCUUUAUCAAAAGCUCCUUCGACGAUGGACUAAACGAGUUGCAGAAGAAGAAACAGAAGGUGGAAUCGAAAAUGCAGGCUGUUUUGGACAAGGUUUCGUCGGACUUGGAUUUGGAGCAAGGUAAAGGGGUGAAGCUGGAUUGCAACGACCAGCACGGGUACUUCUUCAGGCUGACGCUCAAGGACGAGCCUACGCUGAGGAAGCGCAAGGAAUACAAGAUACUGGACGUGGUCAAAAGCGGCGUCAGGUUCGUCAACGGCGCUUUGGAGCAUCUGAACGACACCUACCGGCACCUGAACGAGGAAUACGGCGAACGACAAAAAACCGUGCUCGAGGAGGUUUUCGAAGUAGCCGCUGGGUACGUGGAGAGCCUGAGAAACCUGAAUUUGACGAUAGCUACCGUGGACGUUUUGAAUUCCUUCGCUAUAGCCGCCAUUUCCGCGAGGAUACCUUACACGAAACCGAAGAUCCACAAACGGGGCUCGGGGAUUUUGAAAUUGAAGCAAGCCAGGCAUCCCUGUCUCGAAGCUCAAGAUAACGUGUCGUUUAUACCUAACGAUGUAACGUUCGAUAAGGACGAUAAGCUGUUGUACGUUAUUACGGGACCCAAUAUGUGUGGGAAGAGUACCUACAUCAGAAGCGUGGGAAUUUGCGUUCUUAUGGCUCAUAUCGGUUGUUUGGUGCCUUGCAUUUCGGCGGAAAUAUCUCUAGUAGAUGGAAUUUUAGUGCGAGUGGGAGCCGACGAUUGUCAGCUAAAAGGACUGUCAACUUUUAUGUUGGAAAUGAUAGAAACAUCCACUAUAAUAAAAAGCGCAACAGAAAAUUCUUUGGUUAUUAUCGACGAAUUAGGAAGAGGGACUUCGACUUACGACGGUUGUGGAAUAGCGUGGGCGAUCGCCGAGCAUCUUGUGAAAGAAAUUAAAUGCUUUUCGCUGUUCGCCACGCAUUUUCACGAAAUCAACGAAUUGGCCGAGCUGCACAGCUCCGUUGGAAAUUUACACGUUUCCGCUGUGGUGGCGGAUAACAUUAUUACUCCGCUGUAUUCGAUUCGCGAGGGAGAAUGCGAUAAAAGCUACGGAAUCCACUGCGCGAGAAUGGUGGAUUUUCCCCAAGACGUCGUACAAGAUGCUGUCGAGUAUCAGAAACAUCUGGAGCACCAGAACGGAGUGAAGUACUUAACGGGGCUUAAUCCGAGUCAGAAAAGAAAGACUAUUGCGGAAGGCGAUUUAAUUGUGAGAGAGGCACUAACGACAUUAAAAUCGAAUUUGAAUGGAUUGAGUGACGAGGAACUGAUUAACAAAGUAAAAGAAUUGAAAAAACAAUUAGCUCAUAACGAUAAUCUCUUUGUUAAAGGUCUAUUAUCCGAUUAG